CCCGCCUCCGGCCGCCCCCCGGAAGCCAGAAGGUCCGGGGGCGUUCCCCCUCGCCCCUCCGCCCACUAUGCCCUGGCUCAAUUCCGGUCUCCCAGGCCAGGCUAGAAAGGAGGCGGAACUCAACCUUCCGCCCAGUGGUUUCCAGGCCGGACCCGAAAGCGCAGCGCACCGAGCGGCGGAGGAACCGUGCUACACCGCCUUGCUCCUGCGCGAUGGCUUUCAAUUUCGGGGCUCCGUCGGGCACCUCGGGCACCGCUGCAGCCACCGCGGCUCCCACGGGAUUUGGUGGGCUUGAGACUGCCAACCCCACCGCCAGUGGGUUUAAUUUUGGGGGUUUCGGAUUAACUGCUAAUCCUGCAGUGAACUUUAAUAUUGGGAAUUUCGGUGUUUCUACCACCUCGGCGACUCCGUUCAAUUUUGGUAACAGUCUGGCAAGCGCAGGUGGGUUUGGAGGUUUUGGCACAACAUCUACAACUGCAGGUUCUGCAUUCAGUUUUUCUGCUCCAGCUAACACAGGCACAACAGGACUGUUCUCUCAGAACAAAGGUUUUGGGUUUGGUACUGGUUUCGGCACAACCACAGGAACUAGCACUGGGCUGGGCACUGGCCUGGGAACCGGCCUGGGAUUCGGAGGAUUUAACACCCAGCAGCAACAGCAGCCAUCCACGUUAGGGGGUCUCUUCAGUCAGCCCACACAAGCUCCUGCUCAGUCCAACCAGCUCAUCAAUACUGCAAGUGCCCUUUCUGCUCCAACAUUAUUGGGAGAUGAGAGAGAUGCUAUUUUGGCAAAAUGGAAUCAGCUGCAGGCCUUUUGGGGCGCAGGAAAAGGAUAUUUCAACAAUAACAUUCCACCAGUGGAAUUCACACAAGAAAAUCCCUUCUGCCGAUUUAAGGCAGUAGGUUAUAGUUGUAUGCCCAAUAAUAAAGAUGAAGAUGGCCUAGUAGUUUUAGUUUUUGUCAAAAAGGAAGCAGAAAUUCGAAGUCAGCAGCAGCAGUUGGUAGAAUCAUUGCAUAAAGUUCUUGGAGGAAACCAGACCCUUACUGUGAACGUGGAGGGCAUUAAGACGUUGCCGGAUGAUCAGACAGAAGUUGUUAUUUAUGUUGUUGAACGUUCUCCAAAUGGUACUUCUAGAAGAGUUCCAGCCACAACGCUCUAUGCUCAUUUUGAACAAGUCAGUAUAAAAACGCAAUUGCAGCAACUGGGUGUAACCCUUUCAAUGACUAGAACAGAACUUUCUCCUGCACAGAUCAAGCAGCUUUUACAGAAUCCUCCUGCUGGUGUUGAUCCUAUUAUCUGGGAACAAGCCAAGGUAGAUAACCCUGAUUCUGAAAAGUUAAUUCCUGUGCCAAUGGUGGGCUUCAGAGAACUUCUUCGGAGAUUGAAGGUUCAAGACCAGAUGACGAAGCAACAUCAAACUAGAUUAGAUAUCAUAUCUGAAGACAUUAGUGAGCUGCAAAAGAACCAAACUACCACGAUGGCUAAGAUCGCACAGUAUAAGAGGAAGCUCAUGGACCUCUCACAUCGGACAUUGCAGGUCCUAAUCAAGCAGGAAAUUCAAAGGAAGAGCGGUUACGCCAUCCAGGCAGAUGAAGAGCAGUUGCGAGUGCAGCUAGAUACCAUUCAGUGUGAGCUAAACGCACCUACUCAGUUUAAGGGCCGACUUAACGAGCUCAUGUCCCAGAUCAGGAUGCAGAAUCAUUUUGGAGCAGUGAAAACUGAAGAGAGGUACUACAUAGAUGCAGAUCUGUUACGAGAAAUCAAGCAGCAUUUGAAACAACAGCAGGAGGGCCUUAGCCACUUGAUUAGCAUCAUAAAAGACGAUCUGGAAGACAUCAAAUUGGUGGAACAUGGACUGAAUGAAAGCAUCCACAUCAGAGGCGGUGUGUUUAGUUGACAGCUCA